CGCUGUCACCGGUCGAACCGGAGAGACAUUAGACUUUGUCACUUGCCAAUGCAAAGUGUCAUUUGAUUUCCCCAAUCGACGCUGAUUUCUUCUCUCCUCUGUAAUUUCUCCGAUUCUACGCUUCUGUUCGCCGAUCGAAUCAGCCAUGGAAGACGAGAUCGAACUGAAAACAGCGCCUGCUGAUUUCCGGUUCCCUACAACAAACCAAACCAGGCACUGCUUUACUCGGUACAUCGAGUUCCACAGAUGCACAACUGCAAAGGGGGAGGAGUCUAAUGACUGCGAAAGGUUCGCCAAGUAUUACAGGGCCCUCUGUCCUGGAGAAUGGGUUGAUAAGUGGAACGAGCAGAGGGAGAGUGGAACUUUUCCGGGACCUCUUUGAACCGUGUUGCUUCAAUCUUGAUGAAGAUGCAAUCAAGUCCACAAGGGAAUAAUAAUGGUACAUAGUUCUUGAAGGUUAAAACUCUUGGGGUCGUGUGAUUGUUGACAAGCUUGUGUGUGUGUUUUUGACUACUUUUUUUUGGCUAUAUGGGAAGAUUCUUUGGUUGGGUUUGGAAUAAAUAAAACCAUAACAAUACUCGAUACCUCUUUCUGUUUCUAUGUUUAUUAGUUGUCGACCACAAGUACAGUCUCUUCUCCUUUUAAAUAAAAUGCAAUAGCGAUUAUGACAAAUUUUACUUGGAUGUAAAUCUACUCUAAAUUUAAAAUAUGAGAAUAACAAAUUCUACGAAUAUGAAUGAUAAUUAAAUUUUAA